CAAUUGUCAAGUUACACGAACAAAAGAAAGAAGAAAGAGAAGAAAGUCAUCUUUUGUGAAUACGUUUUUAUGAAUCAUGGAAAUUUAUUUUUAUUAGUAAAUACAACAAUAAUUUUGUAAUUUUUUGGGAGCUAAAAGAAUUAAACUAAAGGAGUUAGUGUAACGAGAAGAUAUUGACACUAUCAAGUGUUUUCAGAAUAGUUCAGUGAAUCGGAAAUCACAAUUGACUGUGACCUGAGUUUUUGGAAGUAAAGUGAUCGUGAUCUAGAUUUAGUGCUUUAUACUUGUAGUUAGAGAUAUAAAACAAGGAGUGGGGAAAUUGACAUAAUUGUAAUAAGUUUGUGCAUGAAUUCAUUAACAAAAUGCAGAACGAACAUCGCAAGGCAAUACAAAAUAAUUUUGGUUCGCUGGUGGAGCAAACUGACCUUGAUGUGAUGGUUUCGGCUCUAUAUGAAAAAGGAGUAUUUUCAGAACAAAUGAUCGAACCUUUUAAAGACACAAACAAGGAUACAAGGACUAGAAAACGUCAAUUGUACAUGGACAUAAUGAGACGAGGGCCUGAUGCAUUUGGACACCUCUUGGAAGCACUGGAAGAAAAUGGCUACUGGAACCUAGUUCGAGACCUGGACCCCGCCAGCUCCCUGCAUCUUCAGCCCAGGACCACAUACAAUAAUCAAGAUUCAAAAAGUGGGGAGAGUAACUAUGUUAGUAUAAGAACAGAGAGAACCAAGAGAACCAAGUCUAAUGUUGAAGCCACCAAGAAUGAGAUUCAGGCUGCUUCCUCGACAAGUCAUAAGGAAGGCACGGAUCCCUCUGUAGACAUACCAUACUUCCAUGUUGUUAAAUCCAAAAAGUUCUUUGAAGACAAUGUAGAUAAAGACAUAAAGUUGUACAAGACACGAGGGCACCAGCGCGGAAUCUUGGUCAUCUUCAGCUAUAUCCAGUUCUACAAUGACAUAGAAAGGUAUCGCAAGGGAGUGGACAUUGACUGCAAGAAGCUCAAGUAUCUUUUUGAUGAGAUCGGUUUUUCCGUCAUCGCGUACCAGAACCUCACCAAGCAGGAGACGGAGACGACGCUGAAGCGGCUGGAGGAGGUGCUGGUGGGCACGGAGUGCGUGUUCAUCGUGGUGUCGUCGCACGGGUACGAGCGCGCGCCGCGCAGCGCCGAGACAGACAUCCGCUGCUCCGACGGACAUCUGCUCUCCUUCCUCGACAUCGUGGAGCGCUUCAACAACGAGCCGCUGGAGCGCCAGCCCGACCGCAUCUACUCCGACAUUCUGAUCGCCCACUCGACGGUGCCGGGUUUCGUGUCGCACCGGGACCCGGAGAAGGGGUCGUGGUACAUCCAGGCGCUGUGCGAGGUGUUCGCGGCGCGCGCGCACGACUGCCACGUGGAGAAGCUGUUCACGCUGGUGGACGAGCGCAUGUACCGCCACUUCCAGGUGCAGACCUCCUCCGUGGAGAAGUGGGGCUUCAACCGCCGCCUCUACCUGCACCCCGGCCUCUACGAGGACUGACCCCGUCUGCUGACUGUCCGCCUCGCCUCUACACGACUCCUCGAAGUACGGCUCUCUCGCUGUCCAUUACGUUAAUAAGUUUAUUUAUUUAAGCAAUAAUGAUAUUAUUAUAUUAAUCAGACCAAUUAGUUUUAUUGUAUAAGUAUAUUAUUUAAUUAAUAUUCUUCAGUUGAUGUACAUUGUAUCACUUUCAAACUUAUCUUCAAAAUAACAUAAACAAUGUGUUUCGGUCUCGGAAUCUCACAAAAGAUCUAAAGAAAAAUGAACAUUCCUCAAAUAAUGUGCCAAGUAAAUGUAUAGAAAGUAUGUAUUUAUCUUUUUGUACAAAAACAGAAUAAUUUAACGUCUUUCAUAAAAUUGAACUUUUGUAUUCAUUGUUAUCAUGUAUUUCAUAUUAACAAUGAACUCUGCAAACAUCUUUAUAGUUAUUAUAUAAUAUUAUAUUGCGGUAUUGGAAAAGCAAGUUCCUACCAAUACAUACAAAAGUUCGACUUGUACUCGUCUCGUCAUCCAUAUUGAGUGAAAUGUUUCUCCUGCUACUAAAACCUACUGAUGAUACUUAUUUUAUUUUUAGGAAUAACAACAGCUAUUUUUACAAAGUAGGUACAACAGUUACAUAUAUAUUUACUGGAAAACUAUAUUGUCCGGUAUACAAAGCCUUCAGUGUUAUGGAGAUCAUUGACGGUUCUGCACGUCUGAAAUUAACGCACUGAUUUAAACAUCAUGUCUUCCAUUUGCCACAAUUAAUCGUAGAUUUUUUGCAACUAUUUACUUAGUAAUAAAUUUUUUUUUCCGUCGUCCAAUCUGCUAUCGUGCCCGCUGUGAAUCAGCCAUGCCUCCAAGGAUAUAUGGUGAAUAUCCGCGGGAUGGUGUCCCGUUCGAUGUCUGUUGUAUGUCUGCCCUCAAAAAGGCGUUUUCUCAGCAUAGAGCGAUAAGGAUGUACUGAUUAAGAUGAGCUAGGACUUGAGGUGUAAGAUUUGAUGGUGGAAAUAUCAAUCCCAGGUUGAGGUUCUAGCUUCUGAUAUCUGAGGAAGGCAUUGUGUAAGAGAGCUACUCGGUCUGAUGGGUGUAAGGAUAUGUUAUCUGGUAAAUUAUUCACUAUUUAUUAGAUUUGACUAGGAAAAAAGUUUUGAUGCCAGACGCACCGAAACACUUCGGUCACUAGAUGGCGCUAUUAGCGCUAGGGAGGAAGGCUAAACUCAAUAUGGAUUUAGGAUAUCGGUGACUGAAGAAUUCAUCAAAUUAUUAUAAACAAUAUACUCUACCAACUCAUCCCAAGAUUGUUACAGUCGCAGUAGAAUUGUGUUUGUUAAAAAUAAGAUAAGUUUGUUUGAUACUUGUGAAAGACAUUGUAACAUAUUCACUGCCAGAUUUAUAUUGACUUGCAUUUUUUAUACAAUAUUUGAUAUGUCUGUGAUAUAUUUAGUUUUAAAUGGUUACCAGGCAACGACAAAGAUCCAAGGGUGUUUGGUUUUUACCUCUGUGUUUAUAUUAACCUAUUGAUAGUGAUUUAGAGCAAGUAUCAUUUUUGAUGUUUUACAGAAAUGCAACAAGUUCCUAAACAUUCGCGAAUCUAUGGAACAGCUGUUAGUGUAACGUGAUUAUUAUUUUAAGAAUUUAUAGGCAAUAAUGUAA